AUGGCUCCUAUCAUGUUAGAUUAUGGUGACCUGUCAGAUGCAUUGCACAAUGGUCUAGAUAGGCUGGACCCCAUCGCCAUUGUCGGGUACUCCUUUCGAUUUCCCGGAGACGCAACAGACUCCAAAGCAUUCUGGAAUAUGAUGAUGGAGAAAAGAUGCGCCGUGUCAGAUACACCAGAAGACCGGAUUAGUAUUUCCCAAUGGCAGCAUCCUGACGGCAGGAGACGAGGACAGUAUUCCGCUCAAGGAGGUCAUUAUCUGAAAGAAGAUGUGUCCCUCUUUGAUGCCCCCUUCUUUUCUCUCUCCGCAGAUGAAGCUGCAGCGCUGGACCCGCAGCAUCGGCAUCUCAUGGAAGUCACAUAUAGAGCAUUGGAAAAUGCGGGCAUUCCAAUGGAAAAGGCAGUGGGGUCUCAGACAUCCGUUCAUGUCGGCUGCUUUAACGGCGAUUACAGACUGAUGGCAUGUAAGGAUGUAGAGAUGACUGCAGAUUAUGACGUGGUCGGCAUGCAGAUGAGCAUGAAUGCAAACCGACUUAGCUGGUUCUUCGAUUUCCGAGGAACAAGUAUGAAUAUAGAUACCGCAUGUUCGAGCAGCCUCAUAGCCAUGGACUUGGCUUGUCAGGGUUUACGGAGCGGAGAAACAGACAUGGGUGUUGUGGCCGGCACCAAUCUCAUAUUAUCACCCGACAUGAUGCAGGCGUUUUCAAACGUCAACAUGCUAUCGCCAGACGCCCGCAGCUACAGCUUCGACCACCGUGCCAAUGGGUACGGGCGAGGUGAAGGUACCGGAACAUUGGUGAUCAAGCGCCUUGCGGAUGCGAUUCGAGACGGCGACACCAUUCGCGCUGUCAUCCGCUCGGCCGGAUCGAACCAAGAUGGCCUCACGCCAUCUGGUAUUAUGCAGCCCAGCGGCGCCGCGCAGGCCAAUUUGAUCCGUGAUACAUACGCCAGGGCUGGUCUGAGCAUGGAGCCGACUCGAUUCUUCGAAGCUCACGGCACUGGCACGCAGGUCGGAGAUCCGAUCGAAUGCAAUGCACUAGGUGAUGCAUUCCGUGGGUUUCGUACUGUGAAAGACCCUCUCUUUUUGGGCGCGGUGAAAUCGAAUAUCGGCCAUCUGGAGGGUGCGAGUGGUAUUGCGGCCGUCAUCAAGACGAUACUCAUUCUGGAGAGCGGCUUGAUCCCGCCCAAUACCAAUUUCGAGAAGCUCAACCCCAAGAUUGAUCUGGAGUUCCUGGGCCUCAAGCUGCCGCAUGACCCAACGCCAUGGCCCACGCUUGGCCUGCGUCGUGCGUCUGUCAACUCCUUUGGCUUUGGGGGCUCGAAUGCCCACGUUGUCUUGGACGAUGCUUAUAACUACCUCCGAAGUCAUGGCCUUGUCGGAAACCACACCACGGUUGACUACCCUCCGGUACCUAAAUCUUCAAACGGUGCAUUGAGUGAACUGGACAAGCCCUCGGUGGCUUCUCCCUCAACAACCUUGCCUUUGCCGAAGCUUUUGGUGCUGUCAUCCGCGAGCAAGGCUGGGGUCAAGCAUGUUGCUGCUGCAUACAAAUCAUACUUUGAAACCGUUGAAGUUUCGCCAGAUGAGCUUUGCCAGUAUACGGCAAACUUAGCUCACACUCUGAACACCCGCCGAAGCGCCUUACCCUAUCGAAGCUUCUGGACAGCGUCUAGCUUGAAGGACCUCCAGGAUGUGGGACGGAAGACGAGUGAGGCUUACCAAGCCAUCGAGAAGCCUGUGCUGGGUUUUGUAUUCACAGGACAAGGCUCACAGUGGGCUGGGAUGGGCCGUGAACUGUUCAACUAUCCUGUCUUCAGAAAUAGCAUCUGGCAAUGUGGCCAUGAUCUCCAAAGUUUUGGAUGUCCUUGGUCCUUGCAAGACGAACUCCUUCGCGAAGACACAUCAUCCAGAAUCAACGAUCCUGAGAUAGCACAACCAGCGAACACCGCCCUGCAAAUUGCACUGGUCGAUCUGCUUCACAGUGUGGGAAUAAAUCCUGCCGUAGCGAUUGGACAUUCAUCUGGUGAGAUUGCAGCAGCGUAUGCGGCUGGGGCUCUUUCAACGAUGGAAUCUAUGCGCAUUGCAUACUUUAGAGGUGUAUGUGCUACGGAGCUAUCAAAGACGCAACAACUAGCCGGAUCGAUGAUUGCGGCCAGUUUAUCCGAGGCGGAUGCACAUGGCUAUAUUGACGAGGUAUCCAAGGUGCAUGGCCGAUGUGGUCUUCAAGUAGCCUGCAUAAACAGCCAAAAGAGCGUGACAAUAUCUGGAGAUGAAAACCAGGUCGACACCCUCAAAGAUCUCUUCGAAUCAUGCAACGUUUUCUCUAGAAAACUGAAAGUUCCAGUGGCCUACCAUUCGUACCAUAUGGAUCGAAUUGCUUCUGUCUACAAAGAACAGAUGAAUGAUCUUCAGCCCAUGGAAAAGAAUUCCAAUGGCUGUGUCAUGAUUUCUUCACUGCGCAUACCGCAAUACUGGGUUGAUAAUCUCACUUCCCCCGUGCAGUUUGCCCAGUCGCUCCUUCAGAUCUGUACCGAGUCCGGUCGGAAGAUCAGAAAGAAGCUCGACGGCAGUCAUCGCUCACAGCUCGGAGUAAACGUCUUGCUUGAGGUUGGACCCCAAGCGACUCUGCAACGUCCAAUUCGCGACCUGCUUGAGACCCUCUCGUGGGGCCAGGAAAACGCGGCCCAUAACAUUCUGGAUGCGUUAGGCCGCCUCCAUUGCCUUGGCCUUCCAGUGGAUCUUGGGAGGCACGCCCUUGUGCUCACUGACCUACCAGAAUACCCUUUCAACCACUCAACCUCUUACUGGCGUGAAAGCCGAGUCAGUAGACGACUUCGAAUCGCGGAUCAAGGGAAAUUAGAUCUUCUUGGAAAGCCGAUGCCCUGGGUUGAAGAUCAUGUCAUCAAUGGAACUUUGAUUUACCCAGCAGCGGGCAUGCUUGUCAUGGCGAUCGAAGCUGCUAACCAAAUGUCCAGUCCUGGCAAGAAGGUUGAAGCUUUUCAAACAGCUGACGGGGUUGAGACCAACCUGCAUCUCCGUACAUUGACAGACGGUACCAGCUCUGCAUUUCCGUGGCUAGAGUUUCGACUCUACAACUGCCACGGAUUUAUCAAAGUCAAGUAUCAAACGAUGAGUGAUGACUUUUCAGAAGAAAACCAACAAUUUGCGGACUGCAUGCAACAGGAUAAUCGGCUCUCGAAAGCCUGCGCCAUGGAGUUCAGCGAGGAGAAAAUGUACAAAUGCCUUAAGGAAAGUGGAUUCGAAUUUGGACCGACUUUCCAGACCGUGUUCAACGGCAAAUGCAGCAAGGAACACCAGGCGAGAUCCUCAUUGAAGAUCUUUUCUUGGCCUACCGAUCAGCACCCACAGCCUCACAUAGUUCAUCCCACAACCCUAGAUGGCAUCCUCCAUCUCACUGCUGCGGCUCUUUCGGAGGGUGGACAAGCAAGAAAUCUAUGGGUUGCCAAAGAGGGCCUCAGUCAUCCUUCUGCCGCUGUCAUUCAUGCUUCUACCUGGGUCAAGUCUCUCCAUAGCCGAGGACAUGAAUUUGAUAUCUGUGCUAUGGAUGAGCAAAGAACUCGGGUGCUUGCAAAGGUCCACGGUCUGCAGUCCACAAUUGUUGCAGAUAGCCCAUGGGAGUCUUUUGGUGAUAAUGAUGAUAAAUUGACCGUUCACCAUCUCCAUCAUUUCCCAGCACUGGAUUUACUUGACCCUGACCGGCUCGCGAGAUAUUGUGCGCAAAGUCGGCCGGACGGCCCAGCGCCCUUGGAAUAUUUCAGAGAUGUGAAUUUUGUUCUGUUCAGAUUCCUCAGUCAAGCGCUAGACAACUUGGGCGAUGUGAACCCGGAGAAAGUUUUACCCCACAUACAACGAUAUAUCGACUGGGCGAGACUUCAGCGGUCAAAAUUUGAGGCUGGUGAGCUUCCACUUAGUCGCCCAGAAUGGAAGUAUCUUUUACAUGAUACCGAGUACUUCAAAUCUGCCUGUGAUCGGCUGUCUGUCGCAAACGCCCAGGGUUAUGCGUUUGUACACACAGGGUCCAACCUGCUUCCAAUUCUGCGCGGGGAGCAGGAUCCCAUACAGUUUCUCUGGAAGGAUGACAUGAUGAGCAACUUCUAUCGGUUCUACCUCAGGGCUCAAGCACAGCUGAACCCAGGCAUGAGAAUUCUCGAAAUUGGGGCCGGAACGGGAGGAACAACAGCCCAUAUCCUGAAGGCCUUGUCUCAGGGAAGUGGGAUCUCUCCUGGUAGCCCCUUGUACGCAUCCUAUGACUACACCGAUAUCUCCCCGGCUUUCUUCGACACCGCCGCCAAGCGCUUCAAAGACUUUCCACGCAUGAAUUUCAGGGUUCUUGAUUUAGAAUCUUACGACUUGGUGGUAGCGGCAAAUGUUUUGCAUGCCACUCCUGAUAUUUGUGCGACAAUGAGGAACGUGAGAAAGCUUCUGAAGCCCCGUGGAAAAGUGACCUUGUUUGAGAUCACCCGCCCAGAAAUUAUUCGGUCUGGAUUUGUUGCCGGUUUGAUGGAAGGUUGGUGGGCAGGAAAAGAGGACAACAGGAUUUGGAGCCCGGCGAUGACGGGCACGCAAUGGGAUACAACCUUUAAGGACACAGGGUUCUCGGGAGCGGAUAUGGAGAUUCCAGAAUUUCUCGACGCAGAAUGUCAAGAAAAUUCUGUCCUGGUUACCACUGCUUCUAAUGAAACCCUACGGGCGCCUCUGAACGUCUUUUUCGUGUUCGAUGAGAGUUCUACGGCACAAAGAAGAUUGUACGAACAGACUACGAAGUCACUGAAGGCACAGCAGUCGGAGUCAAACAUCGCUGGCGGCGACCUGAGCAAGUGUAUUGCACUCCCGUCCUUUGUCAACACGACACUGAUCUUCAUUCAUGAGACGGAGACCCCGCUGCUGGAUGGUAUGAGUCAGGAAGCAUUUUCUCAAAUUCAAUAUGCGGUAACCCACUGCACUUCUAUCCUCUGGGUAACUGCGGGUGGUGGAUGCUUCUCCAAGAAGCCUGAAUACACCAUGGCGGAUGGAUGGGCUCGAACUCUGCGAGCUGAGCAUGAGAACCUGCGCAUGACUACACUUGCUCUUGAUCUGGACAACCAAAUCAGCAGCGAUCCGGUAUCGCAUAUUAUGCGUGUUCUCACACACGAAAUUCUUGACCUUGAGCAGACGAAUUACGAGCCUGAAUUUAUGGAGAUUGAGGGGAUUCUUCAUGUGACACGCGUCAAGUCAAGCAAAUCCUUGACCGAUGACCUUCAUGCAGCAUCUCUUCCGCGCCAGUCUGCAACCAAGUCGCUGGGUGAUGCCGGAUCCGUCAAACUCGCGUAUAAAAUGCCAGGUCUCCUGGAAACAUUGCAUUGGUCCGAUAGCAACGAGUACCUAGAGCAGACAAUUCAGUCGCAUGAGGUGGAGAUGAAUGUGGAUGCAGUUGGAUUGAAUUUCCGCGAUUGUGAGAUUGCUCUGGGAAAAGAUCCCAAGACGGCAUUUGGGCAGGAGUGCGCAGGAACAGUAACCAGAGCAGGUGAGUUCUCUGGGUAUCAGCCGGGUGAUCGGGUCGUGGCAUUCGGUCCAGGAAAGUUCAAAACCACAGUCAAGAGUGGAGUGAAUUCGACAUGCAGGAUCCCGGAUUUUCUUUCCAUGACUGAGGCAGCUAGCAUCCCAGCUCAGUUUGGAACGGCUUGGCAAGCUAUCGUCGAAAUUGCUCGCCUUCAAAGGGGUGAGAGUAUUCUAAUCCAUGCAGGAGCUGGCGGUACUGGCCAGGCAGCCAUUCAGAUCGCCCAGUAUAUUGGUGCGGAGGUCUACACCACCACAAGUACCCAGGAGAAGAAGCAAAUCCUCACCGACGUUUACGAAAUCCCUGCGAAUCAUAUCUUUUACAGUCGAGAUACAAGGCGUGGCGUGGAUGUUGUGCUCAAUGCCUUGGCUGGUGAAGCUCUUCUUGCAUCUUGGGAAUGCAUUGGGAAUUACGGAAGAUUAGUGGACCUCGGUUGCAGGGACUCUUUGUCUUCGAUGAGCCUUCCCAUGGCACAGCCUGGCCGACAAGCAUCUUUCACAUACUUUGACAGUUUGAAUUGGAUGCACGAGAGACCCGACGCUGCAAGACGAGGAGUCGAGGCGAUAUUCGAUCUUUUUGCCGAAGGAAAACUGCAUUUGCACAAACCACUUCAACUCGAAAGUGCCAGCAACCUUGAAGACGCCUUCCACUUGAUGCAGAGUGGCGGCAUAAUAGGGAAACUGGUAUUAGAGAUUUCCCCGGAGGCACGUGUACCAACCAUCCUCGACACAAGGGCCUCGUUCAAUCUCAACGCAAACGCUACAUAUCUUGUUGCGGGUGGUCUGGGAGGCCUUGGUCGAGUUGCUGCGCGUUGGAUGGCUGCUCGGGGCGCCAAACACUUGGUUCUUCUUGGGCGUUCAGGAGCUAAAACAAAAGCAGCGCUCGCCCUAGUUGAUGAGCUUGAAGCACAAGGCGUACAAGUUAAAACACCUCCGUGUGAUGUGGCCGACCCAGCAUCUGUCAGUCGUGUCAUUCACGAAGUGGCGCAGACAAUGCCUCCAAUCAAGGGCUGCAUUCAAGGCUCGAUGGUUCUUCGAGACCAACCAUUCGAGCGGAUGAGCUACGAGGAGUGGAAAACAGCGGUUGGCUGCAAAGUUCGUGGUUCUUGGAACCUCGAAAUGAAUCUUCCAAAGGACCUUGAUUUCUUCAUCCUACUUUCCUCUGCCAACGGCCUGCUUGGCAUACCCAGUCAGUCGAAUUAUGGCGCCGGAAAUUCCUACUCCGAUGGACUUGCCCGAUACCGCGUCUCCAAAGGACAAAAGGCUGUUUCACUAGACUUAGGGGUCAUGAGCGACGACGGAUUGCUAGCGGAGACACCCGGCCUACUAGAGAAAGUCGUCGGCUACGGCAACGGUUCGCUGUUACCUGUUUCUCGUCCAAAGUUUUUGGGUCUCUUGGACCACUACUGCAACCCGGAUCGACCCAUUCUAACCCCAGAGACUUCGCAGGUGGUUGUUGGCCUUGCCCCUGGGGGUGACGGAUUUGUGGGCAAUGUACUCCUGGAAAAGCCACUGUUCAAUCACCUGAAAAUGGAUAACAUCACCACCGAUGACACCUCGAAAGAGGUAGAAGUCCAAUUCCAGAAGCUUUUCUCCGAAGCAACUUCGCUCGAGGAAGGGCGAGAGGUCGUGGCGAAGGCCUUGAUUAAUAAAUUAACGCAUUCCUACAAGGUCAUCCCCGAGGAUGCGGAGGUGGACAUACAUUCGCCUCUUCAUACCUUCCGAAUUGACUCGCUCCUGGCAGUGGAACUGUGCAACUGGAUCAGAAAGGAGUUUGUGGCUGAGCUGGCCGUUCUGGAAGUGAUGGGAGGCGCAACGUUAGCGAUGGUGGAUAUCCUGGUGGCGACGCGAAGUCAACUCAAGCAUCCUGAAUGGGUUUGAAUUAUGAAUAAUGCUGUACCUUAGC